CCACAACUUCACACAUCUAUCCAAAAUGGCCAUGACCGAAUUACCUGAACUUCUUUCCCGUGAGGAAAUGAAGAAGAACAAGAUUCCUUUGCAAUACCGUGACAGAUGCGCCAGGUUGUGGAUCCCAUUGACCAAAUGCAGACAGGAUACCUUCUCUGUCCCGUGGAAGUGCAACCAGGAAAGACACGACUACGAGGAGUGCGAGUACUUGGACUUUAAGAGAAGAGUCAAGGAGUUGGAGCUGAUCAAGGCCGACAUGAAGGCUGCCGAUCUCGCCAAGAGAGCUCUUGACGACGAAUAAGUACCUGGUGCACCAUUGCUGUGCUCAUUGGGGUCGGCUACCGUUGUGCUGCGAGUGUCCUUGUGCACCGCUGAUUAAAGGAGGGCGUUGAACAUGCGUGCCUCCCCUUCCAUCUGCCAUCACACUUCAUGUUCUGGGACUUUGAUCGAUCAUUGUUCAUCUUAUGGUUGCGCCGACCAAAGAUCCACGGGAUAUCGGUCUGCCUACAUUAUUUAUUGUUAGUUCCUUGUUUUUCUAU